GAGAGCAAUAACAAGAGUCACAAAGGGGUGUUACAUGUGGGAUAUAUGCAUGUGAUGCCAAACAUUUGGCAGACAAGUGCACAUGCCCAAGCGUUAAAAACGUUAAUUACAAUCUCCACCAGCUGUAAUAUUUUAUAUUAGGAUCUGGACCACAUUUAUAGAUGGCAUAACUCAUAACUAGAGUCCAUCUAUUAAAUCGUAAAUCAGGUCAAGAAGAAAAAAGAUAGCACACCAUGAGUGGCUACUCCAAAAUGGAUUCAGCAGAUCAGAAACCCAACCCGGUCGAUCACCAGACACAGAAACCAGAUCCGGAACCUGCUGGGAUGAAACCUAGGCUUAGCAGGAACAGGUCGGUGGCUGCAUCAGAGCAUCCGAAUCACUCACCAAUGAAGCCUGCUGUGUCUAUGAUGAGAAGAUCUUCGUCUGUCAGCUCUGCCACCACGUGGCCUCUUCCUUUCAACGAAGGAGAUGAUAAAGAGAAGGUCCAUGAGAAGAAGAAGGGCAACAACAUCAAGAAAAAAGCAUUCGUUAAGGCUUGUAAGCGAUUCUUUGGGAUCUCUUAAAUGUUUUUCCUCUCUAGUCUCUAUCUACCAUAUUAUAUAGAUCUGAAUGUUUUUUUUUCCGUUAAAAGUCUUAUCGCUUUUUAUGAAACGUUUAAUACAAGAACAUGUUCCUUAUAUAACUGUUAUCGUCUGUUUUGAAUAUUCGAUCAGUGAUUUUGACUUA